AGAGAGAGAGAGAGACAGCUGACGCUUCGGGGUAGGAGAAAAGAAUCAAAACUCAUAAGCAACCGCCAUUAUGUUAGGGUUUAGCAGUUGAGUUGUGGAAGAAGCUUUGAGCUAAGUUUUUUUUGUUGAGAUCAGGAAUGGCGCAAGGCAAGAGAUCUACGGGGGUCGUGAAAUGGUUUAAUGGGCAGAAGGGUUUUGGUUUCAUUGCUCCUGACGAUGGUAGCGACGAUCUUUUCGUCCAUCAAACAUCGAUCCGUACUGAUGGGUUCAGGACUCUAUCGGACGGUGAGCAGGUCGAAUUCGAGAUCGAACGCGGUGAUGAUGGACGAACGAAGGCUGUAGAUGUGACUGGACUGAACGGAUCUGAUGUCUCCGGCGGUGCUGGUGGUGGUGGUGGUGGACGUGGGUUUUCUGGCGGAAGAGGGAGGGGCUCUUACGGCAGUUAUGGUGCUGGGUUUGGGAGAGGAUGGAGGAGUGGUGGCAGAGGAGGGAGGUCCGGUGGAGGUUAUGGAGGUGGCGGUGCUAGUUAUGGUGGUGGCGGCGGUGGCGCGUGCUAUAAUUGUGGGCAGACUGGUCACUUGGCGAGGGAGUGUAAUCAGGGAAGUGGAGGUGGGAGAUAUGGUGGCGGCGGUGAUUAUUCAGGUGGUGGCGGUUAUUCUGGUGGUGGUGGUGGUGGUUAUUCCGGUGGUGGCGGGGGUUGUUAUAACUGUGGUGAGCAAGGGCAUUUUGCGAGGGAAUGUCCGAACGGCCAGAGAUAAGAUCAUGAGAAUUAGGUCGUUUUCUUGGUUGAUUUUCUGGGUUUGGUAGUUUGGUAUUAGUGAUGUUGAUUUGGUUAUAGUUUUGUUUCUUGUUUGUGAAUUUUCUAUCUAAUCUGUUGGGGAAAAUGGUUUGUGGGAAAUGUGCAGAGAAGUGUUUCUCAGGCUAUCAGAACGUCGGUUCCAUUGCCAAUUUUGCUGCUGUUCUUUUUUUUUUUUUUGGGGGGGGGGGUGUUUGAUUCUCAUGUUUUUGCUGCAUAUUCUGGAACAAAUUCUUACAGAAGAUAUAUAAUCUUCUCACUUAUUCUUUUCUGGAAGGAUCUCUAUUACUUGUUAAUGAAAUCCCCUUUAAUGAUCUUGUUUUGGAUGCAA